AUGAAUGAUCUUUCCCAUCCAGCAGGACUUCGGGUCCUUAAGUUUGAUGGAGACGAGAAAGAGAACCACUUUCUAUAUACACCUGCUAUUAAUGGAUUCUCUACUCAGACCUCACAUCAACCACCAUCUCCAGAAAUAUACAAUGCCCAAGAGAUGACUGAAGCAGGAUGCGAGAACUGUGAGAAGUGGUCAUCAUUGGGAAAGCUUGCAAUGUAUGAAAGGAAAGGAAACCUGGACAUUCGUGAUCAUCUGAAAAUAUACAUGGGAGCAGGAGAAACGAGGCCCCUUAAGGAAGCCGCAGGUGACUAUGUGGGACAGAUUUACCCUGAAGCCUAUAAGAAGGCAUACUCCCUCCCUGAGGGAUACAUUUUGAAAGAAAAGGAACACAGGAAAUUAAUGAGAAAGGCUCAGGAGAAUCCUCAGGAAGAUGCGGAUAUUCCCCAUGAUAUGCUUUCUGUUGCAAUUGUGUUCGAUCAUCUUAAGGAUUUAUUGAAGGAUGCCCCAUCACUCACAAUGGCUGAUUACGCCUUCACUGACACAUUGCUAAAAGGCAUCACAAGAAAGCAAAGAGAAAUGUUCGCUAAAGAGUUUGGAGUAAACGAAGAUGCCAUCAAACCAGGAGAUCAUGAUAUUUUUGGUGUUGGCAUUUCUGGCCAGAAUAUUUAUGGACUUUUCUUUCAAGUUAAGGCAACCACAAUGAAGGCAAAUCCUAAAACGGUUAUCAAAUCGCUCGCAAAAGCCAACAAACAACUGGAUCACGACAUCAACAUAUUCCGUACAAUGUGUGGCAAUUUCAUGAGCUCGACGGUUCGGUUGGCAGGCUUUGCUGCUUUUCCGAUGCUCUCACGCUCAGAUUUAAAGCAACUUAGUGUGACAUGUCCCGUGCUGAAAUGCACGGAUUGCAGGGAACGAAUAUUAACAUUAGACGAUCUUGGAAGUCCCAUGAGGUUCAAAGAAUUUUUGGCAAGACAUGGGAUUGUCCUAGAAAGUCCUUCGAUCUUGGAUCCCAAUUCUCCUAUUAUGAAAACGUUCAAGGACAUAUUCGACUUGUAUGUUUCUGCUGCAUCAGCUGUGGACCUCCCACGUAACUCUUGUCAGUUAUUCACCACGUGUGAAAAGCAAAUGGAGCCAGUACUGGUUCUUCUAACUCCUCAGCAGAAAGAAUUAGUGAUGAGUGAUGAUAAGGUGAUGUUCAUUUGUGGAGGAAGUGGAACAGGUAAAACAUUUGUCCUCAAGAGAAGAGCCAUGGAAUUGGGGAAGAAAAAUGAUGUCAUGGUCAUAAACGUCUCCGGGGGACUGCUGACCGAAGAAUUCCGAAACGACUUCAACGAUAACCCGAGAAUCGAGGUUGUCGAUGGGAGAGAGGAGGACAUAGAAGAGAACUUGGAAAAGUUGAAAGAACUGCUAAUGAAGAAGGGAAAAGGAAAACAUGUUCUGGUUGAUGAAGUCCCUCUCACUUUAGGAUUCCAGGGAGUACAGGAAAACCUCACCCCAGAUGCAAUUUCUGACCAUUGGGGAUUUAUUGUGAAAAUGAAGGAUUACGUUAAAACCAUCACUCUCGUCUUCCGACCUAAUGACCAGUCUUACUCCAGGGACGUUCCUUUGCAGGAUAUCAAGCCUGGAGGUCUUUCUAUUAAAGUCCUUGAUAGAGUAAAGAGGAAUAGCAGAAAAAUUGCAGACUUGUUUCUGGCUAUCGCGGAUUAUUCACGCCGGAUCUUCAUAUCCCGGGAAAGGACACUUCCAAUGGAUGUAGAAGAGUCGGAGAUUAAAUUCCUCCCAGUCCUCUUCCCAGUUCCAUCUUGUUUCUCUCUUCACCCAAGCAAGUGCAAGGAUGAACUGAUCUGUCGGGCUGUCAGAGCUUCUCAUGCCAUUAAGUACAUCCAUAAUGAAUUCUCGACAUCAUCGAGGAAAGCUCCACUCCUUGUCGUGGUUGAUAGUGACAGAAUGAAGGCAGCCAUGGUCAAUAUACUCACUUUUAUCGACCACUCACCUGUUUCGUUCUUUGGUGAGAAAGGGAAAUUCUUAGGAAAGCUCCCGCCGGAGGGUUCCUUCUCCCUUGUGGUAACUGAUGAAGAAAUGCUAGGGUGCCAUGUGAAUAACGUCAAAGUAAUAUUAGAUUUCCCCAAUUCCUUAUGGAAGAAUUUCUGCCGAUUGAUAACAACCACUGAUGACAAGAAACUUCUCAUUAUAGAGGAAGAAGACUGGAAGACAGGCAAGUUCUCUCGUCUUGUAAAAGAAAUUCCUGGAUGGGAUAUAAAAGAGAUCAACUUUAAUGAACAAGGUCUCAUUCAAAAGCUGGAAACUGCAUGGGAAGAGUAUAAAAGUGAUGUGAUUCAUCAUCUUAAUGAAAAGUCGUUCCCUUCUGGAAGCUGCCCUAAAAUGGAUGUUAAAUGGGACGCAGGCGAUGAAAUGGAAGAGGUGAAGAAUUUGCUUGGAUCUUGGAUAAUAGGAGUAUUUGGGUAUCCAGGUUCAGGAAAGUCUCGGAGAGUUGACAUGUUCAUUCAAAGAGGAUUACAGCUUCAGGUUCGAAUCCUCAUUCUCCAUUGUGGAAGCCUGUUGUCUCAAGAACUAUAUAAGCAACGCUGGAGAACUGAAAAAAAUGUCGACAUUAAACCUGUCCCUUCCAACAAUAUUGAGUCUUUGCAGGAUAUAUUGAACAACAACGAAUUGGUAGUAGCUGCAAAAAGGAAGGGCAAGGUGGUUGGUUCAAUGCUUGUCGUCAUCGAAGACUGCCCGAUAUUGAAGGAUAUGGAAGAGCAGAUCAACAAGGUUGUGGACCAGUUUAAAAAACUCAAAAUUAAGCUGGUCCUCGUUUUCAAGUCACAUUCACGCGAAGAUUCGGGAAUCCCAAUCGAGGUGAUAAUGAGACUCUUGAAAUCCAAUGCGAAUACAAUUGCUGUUGUCCUCCCAUCCCCUCCAACAGACAUGAAACUCUUAAGGCACAUCUAUCGAAACGAGGCUGGCACUCCCUUAGAGUUGCAAGCGAAGAGUCUCCCUACAUCUUCACUGCCCGCCGCCAUCAUUUUCGGUGAGCCAGUGCUACUCAUAAAUGACAUAAAUUACAAGUGCCCAGGGCGACACGUGGGAUACACAUGCAAAGGAAAUCCUAUGUGUGGCCCCCUUGCUAAGGAAAUGCACACUACUCCCUCUCCUCAAUCCAUAUUUGUCUAUUCCAUCGCCAUGGAAGAGGUGAAGAAAGGCAGUGAUGAGAUCCAUGUCCUUGCAGCUGAUGAAAAUCUGCUAGCAUGUUUAAGAAAUAUCCCACGAUCAAGCACUGAACGUAAAAUUCGAUUCAUCCAUCCAAAGGAUUUUCGAGGCUGCGAAGCUUCCAUCGUCAUCUCUGUGAACAUCCCUGAGGACUGGAUGUUGGAAGUAAUCUCCCGCUCUCGGACUCGCCUUGUCAUAAUCGAUUUCCUACAAGAGCAUCGAGAGCUCUGGCGAACGAUGUUGGAAGAAGGUCGCGUCCAAGUCAAGGGUCAUGUUCUCAUCCUGGAGGACAUCUAUAGCAAGGAAACCCUCAUUAAGCUUGAUGAAACUAAGAAGUUUCUUAAGACGCCGACGUGGGAUGAGGGAGGAAGUCUAACAGGAGAGGAAGCAGUGAGGAGAGGAGGCAUUCUAGACGAAGACACGGGAGCCAUCCUUUCCUUCUCUCCUGAAACAUGGGAAGCCCUUAGCAAAGAUUUCCCUCGGCUGAAAUUCUCUUUACCGUUCUAUGAAUGGGGAUAUGUCUCUCAUUCAAGAUGGGAGGGUAUGGUGCCAACAUUUGAUGAACGCGAGAGCGAAAGAAUCCUCUGGAUCCUCAGAAAGAGCGGAGUGGAAUGGAUGGAUUACUCAUAUCCUCCAUGCCCCCUGGAAACCACAAGUAAUGAGGGAGGAGUGUUGCAGUCCCUCUCUGUCUUCCUUUCCGGAUCCCUCCUCCAUCUCUCUCUCCUCCAGGUGUAG